GUUGGCGGUAAAAGAACGUUAGUGUGCAACAAAAAUAUACAAAAUUAAAUUAAAUCUAGAACGUUAGUCAGUUGUUUUCGUUAUAUUACAGAGAUCAGCUGCUAACAACAACAACAAAAAAAAUAAAAAGAUAUUGGUCAAGUUCAAGAAACUUUUUUUUUUUUGUUAAACAAUAUAAUUUAAAACACAAACAAAUAUAACUUUCGUUUAACUGAAUUGAAAUAUUCCAUAUAAAUAUGAAAAAAUUUAAACAAUUGUGUCAUUUUAUUUUGUAAGAUUGAAAAAAAAAAAUACACAAAUAUAAUUAAUUAUUUUGCGCAAUAAUUUAUUUAUACUUGAACAUAAGAUCAAAAAAAAAAAAACAAAAAAAAUUGCACUUAAAAUACUAGAGAAAAAAUAAAUGUAACUAAAUAAAACAAUAAAAAUAAUAAUUAUAAUAAUAAAACAAAAUUGUAAACUAAAAUAUUACACAUUUUAAAAAUACAAAAACUCAAACCAACUUGAAUAAAAUUCUAUACAUAAUAAUACGAUGUCGGCGGCUACUUUAAAAGCAAUAAAUUUAAAAAAUGAUUUUCUUAUAGAAAAUUUAAAGAAAUCUUCCCAGCAGCAGCAUGACUUGAGUCGGCGUUACGAACAACUGCUGACUACGGAAAAAUAUGUGGACUGUGUCUUUGUGGUGGGUGAGGCGGGCAAAGUAAAGUGCCAUAAACUGAUAUUGGCCUCGGCCAGUCCCGUCUUCGAGGCCAUGUUCUAUGGCCCCAUUAGUGAAGCGGAAAGUUUUGUGGAGAUUUUGGAUAUGAGUGUGGAAAUGUUUCAGCUCAUGAUUUUAUAUAUUUACAAGGGUUCCAUUGACUUUCAUACACUUACGCUAGAGGAGACCAUUGAAUUGUAUUAUGGUGCUGAGAAAUAUUUGCUAAAUGAAUUGAAAACGGAGUGCUUGGAGAAUAUACAAAUGAAAUUGAGAUUUUCCAAUAUUUUGGCUUCAUUGGAAUUGAGUAUUUGCUUAGAUCUCGGCAGACUAAUGAAUAUUUGCAUGAAUUUCUUUACCCGCUGUUGUCUGAGUGAGUCACAGUUUGUGGCCUAUUUGAAAACACAUUAUUAUCAUGUGUCCAAGGAUUGCAUUAAGACCAUCAUAAAUCUAUGCAAAGAUCAGAUACCGGCACAAAGUCUGUUAUGGUUUAUAUACGAAUGGUGCCAGCAGGAAUGUGUGGAAAUGGGUUUAAAAUCCAGCGAGUGCUCUACCAUUAUAGAAGAUCUCAAUUUGUCGGAAGCUAAGGACUCUUUAGAAAUUAAGGACAGCCUAAAACCUCAAUAUACCCAAACUAUAGAAAGAUGCUACUACAAGGCCUGUCGUCCCUUCAACAUUGAUUACGAUAAUUAUGUAUGGCUAUCGCAUAUAAAAUCGAAUAGGUUUAUUAACCUGCAAGGUCUUACCCUACAAAGUCGCCUAAUGCCGCAUCUAACGCGCCAGCAGGUACCUGGUGAUUAUAUGGAGAAUUUACGUAUAGAAAUUACGGCGCCCAACUAUGACUCUAGCCUGCUGUGGUCCUAUGACGUAUCUAAACAAUUAACAAAAUAUAAUUGUGAUUUAAGUAUAAAAUGGCCCAAGGGCAUUGUAUUAUCGCCCGAUAUAGAAUAUCAAAUUAAACUGGUGUGGCGGCCCACCCAAUGUCAAGGUGCCGAAUAUCCCUGUAGCUUGUUUUCCCAUUUGGUGGAUGGUAUACAAUUUAGAGACUGGGAUACUCACAGUGGUAGUUUAAUUAAAGGUUUACAUUUUAUAAAUUUAGUUUAAGUUUUUAGUAAAUAAAAUAAAUAAAUUUUAGCAUAGAUUAAAUAGACUAAACAUUUUAAUUAACUUUCUUUAACACAAAUUAUAUUAGUUUAAUAUUUUAAAUUAUGUACUUAAAAAAAAAAUCAUAAUA